AUGACCCAAUUUCGCCAAGGUCCAGCUUUAAGAGGAUUUUUACAGAAUAAACGCGAUCGUGCGCUACUAUACAAAAGCCAUGCCCGAUUGCGGUAUGGAGGUAUCACGUGUAAUAACUUGGUCAACGAAAACAGGUUUAAACCAUUUGCAAUGGCAAAAGCUGUCCACUUAUUCGACGAACUGACGCGCCGGUGCUACAUCGUCGGUGCAUUGAAGCUCAAAAUGGGACCGCACGGUCUUACGAUGCACGUGAUGGUAGGGGGCGAUGACAGCUUCAACCAUACCAUCCAAGCAACAAUUACGCAACAUCAAGCUACAAAUUUCCUUCCAGAAAUGUGUAUAAAAACGUUCUAUAAAUGUGAUUAG